CGUGUGCGAGGCGGAGACAGAGCACGCGCCGUACGUGGGGCGGGUUGGCCGCGCGCGUGCGCGGGGACAGCCGGGGGUGGCGGUUGAGCCAGGGAGGUCGGGGCUGGCAAGCGGAGCGUGGCAGGACUUGGCGAGGAGCUCACGCCUUGCGAGAGGCCGCUUCCCUCCCCAGCCGUUGGCAUCUGCUUUUCAGGACACAGCCACUCCCAAAGGGAUGGAGAAGGGCAGCUGAGAGGCCCCCCAAGGCUCCUGCAAAGGGCCUCUGAGACUGGCCUCAUCUUACCGAGUUUGGCUUCGUGGGGGUGGGCAUUUCUUCCCAGCCUGCUCUGGAUCCUUUUUAGCGGCACUCCGGACCAAAGGAGAUGGAAGAAAAGGAGCGAUGUGAUAAAUUCCAGCUGGUAUCCUGAUGCUAAGCGGAUUUAAAUCUUAUAUUGAUAUUUUUGGAGAGGAGACAGAGGGAAGGAAAUACCCCAACAGCAACUUUUUAUGGGGUGGGGGAGGAGGGGGGUGGGAAAAAAUGUUACAGAUCCCUACGUGAUUUUUCCAAGCAAGAAAUUACUAAACAAACUGAAGCACAAGAGAAGGGCUUGCCAGCUGGAAGCAGGAUUUGCCUAUAAAAGAAGGGAUCAGUGGGCUCUUGUUUUGAUUGUGGAGCAGGGGAGAAAUUUAAGACUCCUCUGUUUCUCACCAUCUUCCCCACAACUACCGGAAGAAAAAAUGAGUUGCGUGCCAUGGAAAGGUGACAAAACCAAAUCUGAGUCUCCUGAGCCACCACAGCUGGCACCACUGCGUAUUUACCAUGAGAAACAGCGUAGGGAGCUGUGUGCUCUCCAUGCCCUCAAUAAUGUCUUCCAGGACAGCAACGCCUUCACCCGGGAAACACUGCAAGAGAUUUUCCAGAGAGAGAGAGCAGAAUGGUUCAGGUUGAAGAUGCCAGUCUUUGCCAAUUGUCCAAUUGGGAUUUUGAACAGUGAGGAUGUAUAAUAGGAUUGCACAACCUUCCCAUUGAAUCAUCAUCUUUCAGCUGAACUUUGUAAUAAAACUGCAUGGGAUACAGACUGUCUCCCAACACUAUGGUGACACCACACAAGAAGAGCAUGCUGGGAAACGGAAACUACGAUGUGAAUGUCAUCAUGGCAGCGCUUCAAACCAAAGGCUAUGAAGCAGUUUGGUGGGACAAGCGCAGGGAUGUUAAUGUCAUUGCCCUCUCUAAUGUGAUGGGCUUCAUCAUGAAUCUGCCCUCCAGCCUCUGCUGGGGUCCCCUGAAGCUCCCCCUUAAACGACAGCACUGGAUCUGCGUCCGGGAGGUGGGAGGCACCUACUACAAUCUCGACUCCAAACUCAAGAUGCCAGAGUGGAUUGGAGGUGAAAGUGAGCUCAGGAAAUUUUUGAAACACCAGCUGAGAGGAAAGAACUGUGAACUUCUGCUGGUGGUGCCAGAGGAGGUGGAAGCACAUCAGAGCUGGAGAGCUGACAUGUGACCUGGAUUUGCUCUCUCUCUUCUCACUACAGCUCCAGUCCCUCCCCCCACAAACCCCUGAUGUCUUCUGACCUGGAUAAUGGGUGCCCUAGCUCUUUUCCUCUGGAACUUCCUUUCACUGGUCUCUUCUUUCUAUAUUGAUGGUGCAAUAGGACAGUGGCAUAGGGUAUUGUGGGGGCCAGAAUGGAUGAGGAUGGAAGCCAGUCACUUUUUAAUGAGGAGAGUGAGCUCUAAGCUUUUAAGCUGAUUACCUUGCAUAGCGCUCUUUAAAAUACGCUUUGGGGAUAGGGUGUUCGGAACACUCCCUGCUGAUUCUCCCCCAUGCCCCAAUAUCUUAAAGACUAAUUGUAGCUGGACACUACUCCUUCCAGACUUAACAAAACUUCUUUGGAUGGGAAGUGUCAAGCAUGCUGUCUCCUCUCUGAAACAGUCUCUACCCCCAAAGCAAACUAUUCUGAAUACAUUUGCAAAUCAUGGGGGACUCUCAGGAAACUCUUGAACACUAGCAAUGGUAUGGUGCUCUGUAGAAUCUCCUGCUUAGUGAGGGUUUGUGCCAAUGGUUAGGGACAACCUAUCUUUAAAGAAACUGUUGGGGGAUUCUUCUCUAAUGUUUUUAGGGACUUUUGUUAUGCAGAUGGCUUAGAUGCUGCUUUGGAUAGGGCAGGCUGAUUAGGGAGUAGAAGUGGUAACAAGUUUAGGCUGGUUCAGAAGCAUCACAUAUCUGGAGUAAGAGAGGCCACUAGGGGCUUGUAGGGGGUUUUCUUUGGUGCAGUAUAUAACAUCUUAAUUGUUCCUUUAUGUGCACUUGUUAGUUCAGGAGCUGAUUGCAGAGAAAGGAAUAAAACUGAAGGUGUUUAAGAGGAAGGAGGAGUCAUUCCCUCUUAUUUUCCUCCUCUGUGAAAGAUUAGCCAUGGCCAUGAGAGAGGAAGAAAGACGGUGGAGAAACUCUUCUACAAAUAAAUUAGAAGUUACACAAAGCAAAAGCAAAGAGAGGCAUUGCAAUUGUAGAUUUCUCUGCCUCCUGUUGUCACUAGCAGUUACUGGGGGAGAUGUGUACAGGGUUCAUGAGAGAGUCUUCCUGAUGGUAAGGGCAGACUAUCUAGCAUGAUAGCUGAAUUAAGUACUUUGGUUUUGGCUGACAGACAUUCCCCUGACUGCUGAAUCACCUCACCCUCUGUUCCCUCCUGCAGAGAAAAGUGACUAUGACAGGGAGACUCCAGUAGGAAUCUUGCACUCAGUUUUUUUUUCCUAUGCCACCCAGUGCUGGGUGUAGUUUAAUCAUUCCUUCCACAGCAGAAAGGAAAGGGUGAGUUUGGGAUGAAUUUCACACUACUGUUGACUCUUCCUGGUCAAGCUAUGUUACAACUGUUUGUCUCAUUUCCUAAUGCACAUGCUGUACUCGCAGUUAUAACAGCAAGUGAAGAACAAUGAUGGAAACCACCCUGGGUAGGCCAGUGUCUGAAGCUAAACUUACAAACCACCAAAGCCUUCCCUUUGCCACAGAAAACAGAGGCCAUGUGGCAACAGGACAAGAGUGGUGGUGUGGUCAACCCUGGACAUCUUACAGGUACCAUGCUGCAGCCUCCUGACAACAUAUUGGCAGUGGCUCUUCUGCACGUUCUACAGUCCAAACCCAAUGUUUCUAUUUCUACAAGAGCCCUACUUUCUUCUUAACGCCACAUUCCAAUGACCAAAACCAGCUGGCAGAAUUUUUAAACACAUCACAAGGAAUUCUGCUUAUGACUUGAAGCCAUUUUCUAAAAGGGAAGGAAAACAAUAGCAAAAGAAUUUUCUAUGUUGAUUAAAAUCGCACUUUGGAGAGCCCCCGUUUGCAUGGAAGCCGCAAGCCAAUGGAUCAGUGUACAAUAUGCAAAGAUGUUUUAAAAACAUUGUAGGGUUGCCUCCCUAUAUUUGUAUAUAAUGUCCCUGCUUAACCCCCAGGGAAAGGGUGUGAUCCAGCUGCUCAGGAAAAGGGAAACUGUAUGAUCAUAUCCCUGGGGAAUAAUGCUGUGGUGACAGAGGGAGGGGAAACAGACUAAUCUCACUGCUUAGGAGUGGGGAAGCCCAUGUUUGUUUUCUUGCUUUUUUUGGUUUUGUUAUAGCCUUGUCUUGAGUUUGUUUACAGAGAUGUAUUUUGUUUAACCAAAUAUUAAAAAUGGAAAAAUCUCCAUAUAAAGUGUCCUGUCACUUCUGUGUGUUCAGCUGAAUUGUUCUGUAACAUGGUAUGUAAAGGAAAAAAUAAAUUGUUCUUUGUU